AUGCAAACUUUCGUUACCCUUUCCUUCUUCACUCCUCUUCCCCCUAAACCCAUCCUUAAACCCCAACAAAUUUCUCAAUCUCAAUUCCUAUACAAACCCAUCAAAACCAUUCGAGCCUACUCCUCCGACGAAUAUCCAGUAGGCGAUGACGACGCUUUUCUUGCAUCAUUUGGGCCAAAGGAGAAAGAAUCUGAAGAAGAUGCCCGAAAAAGGAACUGGGUCGAAAGGGGAUGGGCUCCAUGGGAAGAAGUUCUGACCCCAGAAGCUGAUUUUGCUAGAAAGUCCCUUAAUGAAGGCGAAGAAGUGCCGCUUCAAUCGCCUGAAGCAAUUGAGGCGUUCAAAAUGUUGAGUCCCAAUUAUCGGAAAAAGAAAAUUGCGGAAAUGGGGCUUACGGAAGAUGAGUAUUAUGCUAAACAGUUUGAAAUUAAGGGUGAAAUACCGGAUCCUUUGCAGACGGGUUGGAGUGGGCCUUUGGUGUUGAGGCAUGUGCCGCCAAGGGACUGGCCACCGAGGGGGUGGGAGGUGGAUAAGGAGGAAUUGGAGUUUAUACGUGGCGCGCACAAGCUGCAAACUUCAGUGAGAGUGGAUUAUGACAAGGUGGAGGAAAUGGUGGAGAGGGAUACCGGGGAUAUGUGCUUGGAGAGGUAUGAGAUGUUCUUAAAGCAAUAUAAGGAGUGGGCAGCUGCAAAUAGGGAUCGUUUGGAGGAGGAGUCUUAUAAGUACGAUCAAGAUUAUUACCCUGGUAGGAGGAAAAGGGGAAAGGAUUACAAUGAAGAAAUGUAUGAACUUCCAUUUUAUUAUCCGGGACAAAUUUGUGCAGGUAAAGUAACUGCAUUACAACUUUAUCAAGGAGCAUUUGUUGAUAUUGGAGGUGUCCAUGAUGGGUGGGUUCCAAUUAAACGCAAUGACUGGUAUUGGAUCCGUCAUCACAUCAAAGUUGGUAUGCACGUCAUCGUUGAAAUUUUGGCAAAGCGAGAUCCAUAUCGGUUUCGGUUUCCAAUAGAACUGCGUUUUGUUGAUCCGAACAUAGAUCACCUAAUCUUCAACAGAUUUGAAUUUUCUCCGAUAUUUCACCGGGAUGAGGAUGUUAAUCCAGAUGAGUUACGUCGUGAUUGUGGAAGACCUCCUGUUCCUAGAAAAGAUCCUGGUAUCAAGGUGGAGGUGGAAUCUCUGUUAUCAAAUCACCCUUAUGUUGAUAAGCUAUGGCAGAUACAUAAUGCUGAACAAAUGAUUAUGGAUGACAUGGAGCUUAAUCCUGAUAAGUAUAAGGGCAAAAAGUUAACUGAAUUGACAGAUGAUGAGGAUUUUGAUGAAGAAAACAGUAUAGUGUACGGCGAAGCUUACUAUAAGAAAGCACUGCUUCCGAAAAUGACGUUGAGAAUAAGCACAAAAGAACUUGAUUUGGAAUCUGCACUUGCUGAGCGUCAGUUCCACAAUAAACUACGGAAGGAAGCAGAAGAAAGAGGAGAGGAAUACAAAAUCACCAAGUUGAGGCGAAACGAGGAGAUGGAUGAAUAUGACCUUAUCCAUUGGCGUCGAUCUUUAGAGGAAAGAGAAGCUCUACUCCGAGAUAUAAGCUGCCGUCGGGCUGUCGGGCUUCCAUUGGAAGAGCCCGGUAGGUAUGUUGAUGCUAGUUACUUCGGAAAGGACCAAUAUGAUCCAGAUAGUUCCCUAUAUCGUUACGACUACUGGGGAGAGCCAAAGAAUUCGGAAAAGAGCAAGCAAGAGCGGAUGACCGAUGCCCACAACAAAUCAAUUGUUGGCAAGGGUACUGUUUGGUACGAAAUGUCAUAUGAAGAUGCCAUCAAACAGCAGUUGCAGAGGGAAGCCCUUGGAAUCAAGCCAAAACAGUAUAAUGAAGAUUCAGACGGAGAUGAAGAUGACGACAACGACGACGACUUUGAUUACAGUAUUCUGGGCGACCAAAGUGCAGAGGUAUCCAACCAGCCUCACGUUAAUGGGACUGAAUCUUUUCAAUUGUCGGAUGACGGAAUAUUUGAGGAUUAG